AUGCAACGUGAGGCCCAUCCGCUGUGGCCACCACUGGGGAGCAGCUGCUGUGGCUCUCUGCUACCCCAUGGCCUGGGCCCCAACAAGGGCCACAAAGUGACACAGAACGUGAGCAAGCCAAGGCACAGCCACUGCCGCCAGGCACCUCACAAGCAUGCCAAGUUCAUGUGGGACAUGAUCCAAGAGGUGUGUGGCUUUGUCCCCUAUAAGCAGCGCACCAUGGAGCCACUCAAGGUCCCUAAGGACAAGAGGGCUCUGAAAUUCAUCAAGAAAAGGGUGGGGACGCACAUCCAGGCCGAGAGGAAGAAAGAGGAGCUGAGCAAUGUCCUUGCAGCCAUGAGGAAGGCAGCAGCCGAGAAGGACUGA